UGAUUACUUUUGCCUAGUCAAAUAUGGCGCUGUAAAAGGCAAGGUUUGUUUUUCAUGGACGCAAAGUAUGUUUAAGUGCAUUAACCGAACGGCCCCGUUUACAAGAUAUAUCCAGUCAGCGGUUUCUGUCUUAACCAAGAUUUUAGGCUGGUGUCAUCCUUGCCACUCAGAAUGACCGACCAGGCUGUGAAGAGGGUGGUUAGUGACAUAAUUCGCUCUCCCGAGGACAAACGGGUUUACAGGGGUUUGGAGUUUACCAAUGGCCUGAAGGCCAUGCUCAUCAGUGACCCAACAACAGACAAAUCUUCAGCUGCGUUGGAUGUUCAAAUAGGUUCAUUAUCGGACCCAGGGAACAUAUCGGGCCUGGCUCACUUCUGUGAGCACAUGCUGUUCCUGGGAACCAAGAAGUACCCCAAGGAGAAUGAGUACAGCCAGUUCCUCAGCGAGCAUGCAGGCAGCUCCAACGCCUUUACCAGUGGAGAGCAUACCAACUAUUACUUUGACGUGUCCCAUGAGCACUUGGAAGGAGCACUAGACAGGUUUGCCCAAUUCUUUCUGUGCCCACUGUUUGAUGAGAGCUGUAAGGACCGGGAGGUGAAUGCUGUGGAUUCUGAGCACGAGAAGAACCUGAUGAAUGACGCCUGGAGGCUGUUCCAGUUAGAGAAGGCCACUGGCAACCCUGACCACCCCUUCAGUAAAUUUGGAACAGGUAACAAACUGACCCUUGAGACCCGGCCGUCUCAAGAUGGGAUUGACAUCCGUCAAGAGCUCCUGAAGUUUCAUUCUACAUAUUACUCCUCCAAUCUCAUGGGACUGUGUGUGUUAGGAAGAGAAUCAUUAGAUGAGUUGACCUCCAUGGUGGUUAAGCUAUUUGGAGAAGUGGAGAACAAGAACGUACCUAUCCCAGAAUUCCCUGAGCACCCCUUCCAGGAAGAACACCUCAGACAAUUCUACAAAGUGGUGCCUAUUAAAGACAUCAGGAACCUGUAUGUGACUUUCCCCAUCCCGGACCUACAGAAGUACUACAAAUCUAACCCAGGACAUUAUCUGGGACAUCUGAUUGGUCAUGAAGGACCCGGAAGUCUGUUAUCUGAGCUCAAAUCUAAAGGCUGGGUGAACACACUUGUGGGAGGGCAGAAAGAAGGAGCCAGAGGAUUCAUGUUCUUUAUCAUCAAUGUGGACUUGACUGAGGAGGGCCUCUUGCACGUUGAGGAUAUCAUCUUCCACAUGUUCCAGUACAUCCAGAAACUGCGUACUGAGGGACCACAGGAGUGGGUGUUUGAGGAGUGCAAGGAUUUAAACAAAGUGGCCUUCAGGUUCAAGGACAAGGAGCGACCCCGUGGCUACACUUCCAAAGUGGCUGGUCUUGUACACUACUACCCUCUUGAAGAGAUUCUCGCAGCAGAGUACCUGUUGGAGGACUUCAGGCCCGAUCUGAUCGAGAUGGUGCUGGAUAAGCUGAGACCAGAGCAUGUUAGAGUUGCAGUGGUGUCAAGGUCAUUUGAGGGGCAAACCAACAAGACAGAAGAGUGGUAUGGCACGCAGUACAAACAGGAGGCCAUCUCUGAAGAGUCCAUCGAGAAAUGGGCAAGUGCAGAUCUCAACGGCAAGUUCAAAUUGCCGAUGAAAAACGAGUUCAUCCCUACCAACUUUGAGAUCUACCCUCUUGAGAAAGACUCUCCAUCAGUCCCUGCUUUAAUCAAGGACACAGCUAUGAGCAAGGUGUGGUUCAAGCAGGAUGACAAGUUCUUCCUGCCCAAGGCGUGCCUGAACUUUGAGUUCUUCAGUCGUUACCUAUACGCAGAUCCCCUGCACUGCAACAUGACCUACUUGUUACUCAUGUUACUGAAGGACGAUUUAAAAGAGUAUACAUAUGCAGCCCGCCUGGCCGGGCUGGUGUAUGGCCUAGCCUCGGGGAUGAAUGCCAUCCUCCUGUCUGUUAAAGGUUACAGUGACAAACAGCACAUCCUGCUGAAGAAGAUCAUUGAGAAGAUGGCCACCUUUGAGGUAGAUGAGAAGCGCUUUGACAUCAUCAAAGAAGCGUACAUGAGGUCUUUGAAUAACUUCAGAGCCGAGCAGCCUCACCAGCACGCCAUGUACUACCUCCGUCUACUAAUGACCGAGGUUGCUUGGACCAAAGACGAGCUCAAAGAGGCUUUGGACGAUGUAACUCUCCCACGCCUCAAGGCCUUCAUACCUCAACUAUUGUCACGGCUACAUAUUGAAGCCCUUCUCCAUGGCAACAUCACCAAGGAGUCUGCUCUUGGCAUGAUGCAAAUGGUGGAGGACACGCUCAUUGAGCAUGCUCACACAAAGCCCCUCCUCCCGAGCCAACUGAUUCGCUACAGAGAGGUGCAGGUUCCAGACGGUGGCUGGUAUGUUUACCAGCAGAGGAACGAGGUGCACAACAAUUGCGGCAUUGAGAUCUACUAUCAGACCGACAUGCAGACCACUCACGACAACAUGCUGCUGGAGCUGUUCUGUCAGAUCAUCUCUGAACCCUGCUUCAACACACUGAGAACCAAAGAACAGCUGGGCUACAUUGUGUUCAGUGGGCCCCGGCGGGCUAACGGAGUGCAAGGCCUGCGCUUCAUCAUCCAGUCGGAGAAGGCGCCCCACUACCUGGAGAGCCGCGUGGAGGCUUUCCUCUGCACCAUGGAGAAGGCCGUGGAGGAGAUGAGCGAGGAAGCCUUCCAGAAACACAUCCAGGCCCUGGCCAUCCGCCGCCUGGACAAGCCUAAGAAGCUGUCUGCCGAGUGUGCCAAGUACUGGGGAGAGAUCAUCUCUCAGCAGUAUAAUUUUGAUAGAGAUAACACCGAAGUGUCCUAUCUGAAGACUUUAAGUAAAGAGAACAUAAUGCACUUCUACAGAGACCGGCUGACCGUCGAAGCCCCGAAGAGACACAAGGUGUCCGUGCACGUCCUGUCCAGAGAGAUGGACUCCUGUCCGAUAGUGGGAGAGUUCCCUGCUCAGAAUGAUGUCAACCUGGCCCCUGCUCCUUCCCUGCCCCAGCCCACGCUUGUUCAGGACAUGACGGAGUUCAAGAGGAGCCUGCCUCUCUUCCCCCUGGUCAAGCCUCACAUCAACUUCAUGGCUGCCAAACUGUGAGCGGGGGGGGGGCAGCAGGUCGACACGCAGCAGCACGGAGGCGCCGGGGGGAAGGGCCACAGCCAGGGAACCCGCUCUGCUUCCCACCUACACACCCCCCCAUCCCUCCCCUCCUCCCCCCGUCAGGAAGACUUCCAUCUGACUGAACCUGUGUGUGUGUGUGCGUGCGCAUGUAUGUGUGCAUGUGUGGCAGGCUGGAGCCACUAGAAGAGAUGCUUGGAAACAAAUGUGUGUAUUUGAAUCCCAAAGUUUAGCCGAGAUGAGGGUAGGGGGGGGUCACACCAGACUCCCGUCGUGUUAGGAGUCUCUAAAAGGAGAAGCAACACUCUCACACAUCCCAGUACUGUGUAGGCUGUUGUAGAGGAAAUACACAACGACCUUAAAAAAAAAAAAAAAAGAUGAGGGCCAGUCACUUUUUUUUUUUUUUUUUUUUUUUUAGGUUCCAGUAUACUGCAGAAGCUUCCCAGUAGGAGGCGUUUUUAUUUCAAUGAUUCAGACAUGCUGCUUUGAGGAUGGAUAGCUGUUUUUGUGAUGAACUGGGGCCUGUAGACGUUAAAGACCACAGCUCCACGAAGGUCUCACCUUUUUGUUUAGUUUUUUUUGUUGGACUGGUAUGUUUGCCAUGUAACGUUUUAUUGAAAUUGAGACAGUUUUGAAGAAUAUUUGCUUUAGAAUUAUGGUUUUAAUCCUCGCAGGUUUUGAAAUGUUGCUUGUAAACUGGUAAAAUGUUGGGACCCUUUUAAGGAGCUGUUUGAAAUUGCUAAUCACAGAGAGCCAAGCCCAUGAAAAUAUAAUUUUUUUUUUUAUAUAUUAUUUUAGUUUUAUUGCAUUUUACAGUAGUGCGUAAUUCAGACACCUCAGGGGUACCUCUAUGCUGUUUUUUUAACAUCGGUUUUACUAGCGAUUGAUUACAAAUAAAAACAUUUUAUCAGUCUGUCAUCAGUACUCUGUUCACAUCACUAAAUGUGAUCAAAUCCUUGUUGGUCUUCCCCCACGUUCUUUUUCUAAGCUCCACGGAGAUUGUCAUUAUUCUAACACACACUCUGUGUCUGCAUGUCAGACUUUCUGCAGUUUGUGCCUUUCUUGGGGGGCAUCAGAUAGUUUGUACAGUAUCUGGCUGCACUGAGCUGCUCCUGGUCUGACCCGGGGCGCAAUCCUGGAGGAUUGAACCCCCCAUCCCUGAAUUGCUAGACUGUGCUCUGGCUCUUACAGCAGAGUGGUUUAAAAAAAAAAAAAAAAAAAAAGCAGCUAGCAUUUUUUUUUUCUAAAUAGAAACCUUUCAUGUUGGUGUCUAAAGGGGAUUAAAGAAAAUCUCCAGUCUAGAUUAUUUUUUUUGUUUCCUGAAUAUGCACUUCUCUCACUAAGCAAUAAACUUAAUGAUGUGGACAGGGGACAGGGGACGGUGCGAGGCAGCGAGGAGACGUGUCUCUGUCCCUGCAGACUAGCUCCAGCAGCUGGACCCAGCCUGAGGCCAGGCUCCAGCCUGGUGCAUGGGUAGUGAUGUCAGGGCCUUGCCAGCAUGACCUGCACUCUCAGGUGCUAACCAGCUUUGCUGUGUCAACCACUCCUGUUUAAAGAGCCACAAAAAUCUGUUAUUUCAAUUAUUUCCCACCGUUCCUGUUCUCAGGCCUAGUUCAUUGGUCGCUCAUACGAUGCUGCGCAGUUUUAAAGAAGAAUAAAGUUAUAAGGGAGCACCUGCAUGAUUGUGCUGCGUCAAAAGCUUCUUCAAUGUUUUCCAGCAUUUUGCUAUGUCUCAACCUGAUCAAAACCAUUUAAAACUAUUAACUGCUAAGUAGAGUUAAAGGCACUAUUGCCUCUUGUGGUCGGAAACCUAAAGACAACCAGCAGCAUACUUGAGGCAUACUUUUAAGUCCCACAGCCAAUAGCUUGACAGCACCUGGGAAUGGUGACAAAGCAGUUUUUCAUUGUCUUCAGAGGAAACUGGCAACAUUACAUAUCAGGCUUGGGUUGGCCGUGCACUUACAUAUCAGGCUUGGGUGGGCCGUGCACUGUUACCUUGAUUGGUUUACGUUUAGAAAAUCCGAAGCGUAUUUUAAUUUCAGAAGGUCUUGGGCAACCCAAUUGGCUGGUGAUACGAGAGUGCUGACUUUGAGUUUGUUCUUUUUAUUGUCUCCCGUGUGUUUCUAAUUAAUAAACUACUGAAUGGAA